UCCCAGCUGGUCUAUCUGCUACAGCACUGCCAGAAACGCUGCCGCCUAUAGUUCCCAAGAGAUGACUGUGUGUACGAUAUGAGGAGCCAGAGGUUAGAACUGGACAUACAGAAGCAGAAGUGAAGGAACUGCCCAUCAAUGGCCAACCCCACCCCUCAGCUUGAUGUACUGUGACAGAGAAGUGAGUAGACCAGAAAUACUGUAGCUAAUUGCCAUGGAGGACACUCAGCCCAAACCUGCUACCCCAGAGCCGAGCCUUGCACCCAGUCCUGCUCCUAGUCCAGCACCCAGUCCUGUGCCUGCGGCAAACCAUGUUGAGCACUUAAGUGUGAACCAGAUCCAGGUGGUGGUACGGCGCUGCUCCAGUCCAAAUGUUACAGAGGAGACGACCUAUUUCAUUCCUCGAAACCCUGUGGUGGAUGCCGGCACAAACACAGACCCACCAGUGGUCUGCUGCCCCUUGCUCCGCAGAUUUUGCCCUUGUCCACCAAGAGGCCUCCUGGCCUCUCUCAUUACCAAAGUCCUUUUGGCAGCUGUGCUCUUUGGAGUGGUUUGGUCUAUCACAGAGGACGAAUGUCUUCCAGGGGGAAACCUGUUUGGCAUCAUAAUACUCUUCAUCUGUGCACUUGUCGGUGGCAAAUUGGUGGCUCUCAUCCGUCUGCCUAAACUUCCACCAUUCCCGCCACUCCUCGGUAUGCUUCUGAUGGGCUUCAUGCUGAAGAACACCCCACAAAUAAAGAAGGGGGUGAAGAUUGACUUCAAGUGGUCUGCAUCACUUAGGAACAUCGCUCUGGCUGUCAUUCUGGCCAGAGCCGGUCUCGGGUUGGAUCCCACGGCUCUGAAGAAACUUAAGUCUGUGUGUCUACGUGUGGCAGUUGGGCCCUGUGUGAUAGAGGCUUGCACCACAGCUCUGGUCUCGCACUUCCUCAUGGACUUGCCCUGGGUGUGGGGCUUCAUCCUUGGCUUUGUGCUGGGCGCUGUGUCUCCAGCAGUGGUUGUUCCCUCCAUGCUGCUGCUGCAGAAGGAGGGUUACGGCGUGGAGCAGGGCAUCCCCACCUUGCUGAUGGCUGCUGGCAGCUUUGAUGACAUUCUUGCCAUCACUGGUUUCACCACAUGCUUGGGCAUGGCCUUUGCCACAGGCUCCACUUGGUACAACCUCCUUAGAGGGGUACUGGAAGUGGCUGGUGGGAUGGUUGCUGGUAUUCUUCUUGGCUUCCUCAUCCAAUACUUUCCUAGUGGUGACCAGAAACACUUAGUGAUUAAGCGUUCCUUCUUGGUGCUGGGUCUCUCCAUCUUUGCUGUGUUCGGCAGCAGUGUGGCUAGAUUUCCUGGCUCUGGAGGCCUCUGCACCCUGGUGUUGGCAUUUCUGGCCGGGCUUGGCUGGGGGACAGAAAAGGCACGUGUGGAGGAAGUGGUAGGGUGGGCGUGGGACGUGUUUCAGCCUUUGCUCUUUGGACUCAUAGGAGCAGAAAUUCAAAUCUCUGAGCUGGAGGGACGCACAGUUGGUCUGGGUAUAGCAUCCCUGCUCAUUGCCCUCCUGGUUCGAAUCCUGUUCACCUUUGUGUGUGUGUUGUGUGCGGGCUUUAACAUGAGGGAGAAAGUGUUCAUAGCCCUGGCGUGGAUGCCCAAAGCCACAGUGCAGGCAGCUAUAGGCUCCACAGCUUUAGACAUGGCCAGAACAAAGGAAGACAAGCCGCUGCAGAAGUACGGCAUGGAUGUGCUGACAGUAGCCGUGCUGGCCAUCCUUCUCACAGCCCCUGUAGGAGCUCUUAUUAUAGGGCUCUCUGGACCUCUCCUGUUACAGAGACCGAAGAACUCAGCCUGUGGUGAGCGAGUCAAACCCAAUUUAUCAGCUUUUUUCUUAGGCACUGCAGCGGGAGGUGAAGAUGAUAGUGAAACUCCCAUCACCUAUGAAAGUACUCUCUGACACCACCUGUCUUCAUCCAGCAAGCGAGGACAUUUAAUGAGACUUUCGGUGUGCAUUCACACCUCGGAUAUUUGAGCUUUCUUUUAGCCACCGAGUGGCUCUCUUUGUCUCUCCAUCUGCUGGUCAGCUCCUCAUGCUUUGCCAUGCUGCAGGAACACAUGAAUCAUACUGUAUUUAUAGGCUCUGGUGGUUUCCAGGUCUCAGGCUGCAAACAAAUGACCCACAUCCAAGCAUCUGCACUGUCAUGCUGUAUGUACAGUAUACAACGGGUGGUUUUGGUUCUGAUCCCAAAUGAACGUUUAUAUAUGCAUCUAUAUAUAAUAUAAUAUAUAUAUCAGUGCGGGUGAGUAUGGUUUACAUUUUUGUUAAGGUGGCUAUUGUUCCCACCUGUCAUAUUCAUUGAAUCCUAUAUUUGGCCAUUUCCCAUUUUUUAUGACAUCUCUUUAAACUAUUCACUGUAUCUGAACUUGAAAAGGUGAUAAUGCUGUAUUUUAUUAUAAGCCAUUUCCUUUGGAGGAGUACGUAAUUGAAUGUACUGACAGUAGCAGUUUUUUUUUUUUUUUUUGUAUUAAAUUAGACUACACAUUUAACACACAUUUAAGUUUUUAGUUGUUUUGCACUCAGUACAUUUUUGCAGCUAUGUGUUUUGUGUAUUUUGCGUAUUUUUUAUUACAAUAUGUAUUAGCUGUUUGUCUUGAUAAUGAGAAACAACUAUUAGCAAUUAUUUGAAAUUUUACAGCAUUGAGUAAUAGUUUUUCACCAGAUAUUGUUAAAACAAUAAAAAAGAAUACCAAGAAUUGUCCACCUCUUGAAUUUUAUUGUGGCUAUAUGUAAAGUACAUUUCUUCAAGUUGGUGAACCUUAAUUCAUCUGAGCAAGUUUAGGAUUCAGUUAGUUUUUUUUUUACCUGGAAAACUCAGUGCAUGCACCCACCAGUACUGAUGAACUCACCAAAUGGCUUCCUACAGACAUCAUACAUUUGAAGUGUUGAAUUGAUUUCUUGACCACAAUAGUUGAACUGACAAUAUUCCCAUCGGUCUGUAAAUAAAUAUGACUAAAAUACUCAUAACGCCUGUCCUCCAAAUGUCAGGUGAAAACAUGACCACCCUGGCAGAGGUAAUUAUUACUUGUGUUUGUUUUAGUAGGUAUUGCUGUAUUGUUAAAUUCUUUUCACAAUUUACUUAGUGACUGACUCACUUAAAGUUUAUGAAAUACUUAAACGAGAAAAACUAAGAGAAUAACAUAAAACAUAAUAACGAGUAAAAGUUAUCCUGGAAAAAAUAAGUGACAGACACAUUUAGAAAGGAGUGUACUCUGUUUCCCCUUUCAUUCAUUUACACUUUUUUGUAGUAGGAACGGAAGUGAAGUGUUCCCCAGCUGUAACAGUGAAAGAAGGGAAUGAAGCAGCGGUUGUGUUUUUGCCAAAACUGUUGAGUUAAACACCCUGACUUACCCUUUGCAAAUUUUACAUUUCAAAUGCAGAAUGAAUGAAUUCCAGCCGUUAUCUUACAAAGGUUCAUCAACACACAGUCACUCAUCAUGAAAAUAUAGAUCAGACAAUACAAACCAUUAAUGUAUAAAAUAUUUCUGAUGAAUUGAAAAGGAAAUGCUCCAGCAGGAAGUCAACUAUAUACAGCCAUUCUGACAAUACAGAGGCAAAAAAAAUAACGGUACACAGCAAAAAUAUUGCUGCAUAAGUUACAUUGUCAAACCUCAGUAGGGUAGUGAGGUUAAAACUGUAUAUAACUGGAUAUUACUCAACUGCGCUAUGAUUCAAAAUGUUUGAAGGCAACAGAGUUCAAUAGAAAAUGUAAAACUCAAAAUGUUUAAAGGCUAUGAAAAAAAAUAUACUGAAGAAUACUAAGUAGCCUCCCAUACACACAAUAACUUAUAAGAGAGUAUUUCACAUCCUGACAGUACGUUAAUAUUUGGCACACAGAAAAUCUGAAGCAAGAGAAAGAGAGCUAAAAAAAAAAAAAAGACUGG